CCCUAGGGUUCAUUCCUCUGCGCCGUCACUUCCUUCCCCUUCCCACCACCACCACCACCACCCUCCUCGGCGACCGGCGGCGACGACAAUGGUGCAGGGACGCCAAGGCCAGCGCGUCAGGCUCUACGCGCGGGGCACCAUCCUGGGCUUCAAGAGGUCCAAGUCGAACCAGUACGAGAGCACGUCGCUGCUGCAGAUCGAGGGGGUGAACACCAAGGAGGACGUGUCCUGGUACGCCGGCAAGCGCAUCGCCUACGUCUACAAGGCCAAGACCAAGAGCGACGGCACCACCGUCCGGUGCAUCUGGGGCAAGGUCACGCGCCCGCACGGCAACUCCGGCGUCGUGCGCGCGCAGUUCCGGUCCAACCUCCCGGCCACCUCCAUGGGCAAGAAGGUCCGCGUCCUCAUGUACCCCAGCAGCACCUAAGGUUGACCGGUAGAUUCCAUAUUUAGUUGUAGCUGGCUUCGUUGGAGGUUGAUAUCAGUUUGACGCCCGGUUGAUUGAGCAGAAGAGUAUUCCUGGCGAUUUUGGAAGAGUUUUAGAUUUUAUCAUCUUACUGGACAGAGUGUUAGCUGUGUCUUUUGUCACCUGUGUCAGUCACUCAAUUCGCCUUGAAAUGAAGUAUAUGAUGCAGUUUUACUGUUU